AUGACCGACGCCGAGAAACUCGCUGAAAUUCGUGAAAAGAAGGCCAAGAAUGUGAUGAGGGAAAUGAGAAUCCAAAAACUGUGCCUUAAUAUCUGUGUGGGAGAAUCCGGUGAUCGGUUAACCCGCGCUGCCAAGGUGUUGGAGCAGCUGACUGGUCAGACCCCAGUGUUUUCGAAGGCUCGAUACACUGUACGUUCGUUUGGAAUCAGGAGAAAUGAGAAGAUUGCCGUGCACUGCACUGUUCGUGGACCCAAAGCCGAGGAGAUCCUCGAAAAAGGGCUAAAAGUCAAGGAAUUCGAAUUGUACAGGGAAAAUUUCUCCGACUCAGGAAAUUUCGGGUUCGGCAUCCAGGAGCACAUCGAUCUUGGGAUCAAAUAUGAUCCAGCCAUCGGAAUCUAUGGCAUGGACUUCUACGUGCGUAGCUGGUGCUUGAUCGUGCCGGUCGCCGUGUGGCUAAGAGAAGACGCGCUCCGGGUCGUGUUGGACCGUCUCAUCGUGUGA